AUGGCUCCUAUCGCCAUCAGCGAAACAGUGGGCGACGCCAGCGCUGGGGUGCAGACCAAGAGCGCAUCGAAUAAUUCAGGAGAUGCCGUACAAGCCGCGCUUGAUGCUGCGACGAAGCGUUUCGAGGAGCGGAACCCAGUUUCCAAGAAGCUCCAUGAAACUGCAGCCGGCACCUUACCGGGAGGUAACACCCGAACUCUGCUGCACACCUCGCCCUUCCCUUUAAGCAUGAAAUGCGGGAAAGGGCCCUUUGUCUGGGAUGAGGAUGGCCACAAGAUGACCGACUUUGUUGGUGAACUCACGGCUGGUAUAUAUGGCCAUUCCAACCCAGUGAUUCGGGAGGCCAUCAUCUCUACAUUUGACAAUGUAGGACUCAGCCUGGGUUCCACUACGACCCAAGAAUACAAGCACGCGGAGCUGAUUUGCAGUCGAUUCGGACUCGAACGGCUGCGUUUCACCAAUACGGGCACGGAGGCAAACCUGCAUGCCCUCAACGGGGUCAAGAAGUUCACGGGCCGGCGCAAGGUCCUCGUAUUCUGCGGGGGCUACCACGGUGCUGUGCUUUCGUUCGGUGACGGAAAGGUGGCCGAAAACAACGUUGACAGAGCUGACUGGGUGGUUGGAAAAUACAAUGAUGUCGAAUCAACCAGAACGUUAAUUCAGAACACGCCUGACUUGGCUGCUGUGUUGGUCGAAGGAAUGCAGGGCUCGGCUGGGUGCAUCCGCGGGACCAGAGAUUUCCUCCUCACUAUCCAGGAAGAAUCCAAGAAGGCUGGUGUUAUCUUUAUGCUGGAUGAGGUCAUGACAUCGAGAAUCCACCCCGGAGGCAUCCAGAGACUUCUAGAUCUGAAGCCCGACAUAACGACCUUUGGGAAAUACUUGGGCGGUGGCUUCCCGAUCGGAGCCUUCGGAGGACGUGCGGAUAUCAUGGCCGUGUACGAUCCGCGGGUACCAGGCUCCCUAACCCAUUCUGGUACGUUCAACAAUAACACGAUGACAAUGUAUGCUGGAUAUGCAGGCCUUUCCCAAGUCUUCACGGAUGAGGUCAACGUUGCCUUCAACGCGAAGGGUGAUAGCUUCCGAGAGAAACUGCGGGCUGCGAGCAAGGGCACCAAACUCUCUUUCACCGGCUUGGGGGCGAUACUUGCAUCCCACUUCUCAGACAGCGGUUCGGAAGAUAUCAGCUCCGUGGAUGACAUUGUGGAACGAUCAGACCUGAAAGACCUGUUCUGGAUGGAGAUGCUCGAGAACGGGUACUGGAUCACGAGAAGAGGGAUGAUGGCACUGAUUCUGGGCACACCUGAUGAAGAACUGGACCGUUUUGUUCGCUGUGUUCAAGACUUCUUACAAAGACAUGAGGCUAUCGUUACAAUUGCCUAG